CUGCUGAUCGGUCAUGGCGCCCAACGCCGCAGUUUGUGCGCUCAUUUCACUCGCUACCUUCGCGCCAGAAACGUCUCCUUCCUUUUCAUCCUGAAUCCUGUCGGCAAACGGACCAUCGCUGUCGGAAUUCGGCGAACACAACGGAACGGAUUCCCGCAAUUGUAUGGAAGUGGUGGAAGUUGGUCUGCGCCAACAUAUUAAAAGCUGCGCCAAACACAGUGCUCUCUGCAAUUGGCCCCCGAAAACAAAAGGAUAUGCGCGCUGAAUGCGGUAAACAUUCCCGUACCGUGGUUUGAGCUCAUUAGGCCGCUGCAUUAGGAAAGGCGCCUCGAUCACCACAGUCAAAAGUGGCAAAGCGGUGAAAUACGUGGAACUGGUGUCGGAAGUGGCUCGAGCCGGUGCCGUUGCUCCGUGUGCAUUGUUUUUUUUUUUCUUGAGGGGGGACAAUAGGUCAGUGCCAAACAAAAGAAAAGUAGGCGGAAUUUGUUCACACUCAAAAGUGAACCGUUACAAACACACACAGUGCGAAUAGUGUGGUCAGAUUGAACUUGAUGAAAAGCGAUUGUGUUUUUUUUCUCGUAAUUUAGCAAGUGCCGGUAGGGGCAUUUGCCACUGACCGGUGUUGUUCUAGCGGUCCAACGAUUUCCCGGUGGUGUCCCAACCGGGUUGGUGGCGCCUUUUGGCGCUCGUUUUUUUUUCCUCCCCGCAAAGUGUUACACCGCACUUCUUUCCCUUCCCUUUCGUGCCCGUUGUUUCGCCUUUACAAGCUAUAUUGUGUCACUGUGACAGCAGCAGCAGCUCGCUCAGAGGUGCCAAGGGGUUUUCGGAAGAUGCAAAGCCGACAUUGAAGUUGAAAAGUGCGCGAAAACGGACCUGCCACCAGCAUUUGCUGACGUACCGAACACGAACACGAACACGAAGAACGCGCACAAAAGCGAGACGGCGAGAGAGAGCGAGUGAACACAGCGCGCACAACAGACAGGCAAACACACACACGGCCUAGAGCGCUAAGCGGGGUAAGCAGCACAAGCGCACAGCGACAAGCAACCGAACCAGCAGUUCGAUAGUGUGUGCAAUAAGGCGGAAGAAGAGGAGAACACGCAAAAGUAAGUCCUGAAGACUUGCGGUCUUUUGUGCCGGCUCGAAGACACACUCCCGCUUAUUAUUAACCGCACCGUCCGAAGAGUAGCAGCACACACUCGCGCGGGGGAAAAAGCACCUCUAUUCUGCCAAUAUAUACUACCACCGUGGGUGUGUUGUUCAGCAGAAGGAGGGACAUCUUCAUAUUCCCUUGUGCACUGCACUUCUCGUUUGGUCGGUUUUGGAGCGGAGUUACCACAUCAGCAGCAGGCAGCGGUAGCGAUAGCAGCGCGCAACAUCGAAGGAGGCGGCGGCCCCGAGAGUAGAACGUUUCCGGUGGUGUGUGGCCCCCAAGGAGAGCGGUGUGCGAUUGCGGACCUUUAAACGGCAAUCCGCGCGCCUCCCCUCAUCACCCGCCUCUCCCGCAACGUGUGCAACGUGGCCAUCGUGUGCGUGUGUGUGUGUGUGGGCAAGAUUCACAGAGAUAAGGGCAAAGUUCCGCCGAAUGUCGCUCAAGCUAAAAAGUGUUACAGUGGCGCAGUAGCCAAUUUCCAAGUGGUUCUAGUAUGGGAAUCCUUUGAUUCCAACACCAGUGUGCAUAUAUAUGUGUGUGUGGCCUAUGUAUGUGUAAGCGUGCGUGUGGUGGAAUUUUCCUGUCACGAGCUUAUUGGGAGGCAGAAUACCACCAUCGUCGUUCGUCACUUCUCAUCGCGGACCGUCUCCAGUUCAGCAGCAACGGAGCGCCAGCACUCGCCAUAGGAGCUAAAAGAAGGAGUGUUGCUGUGUUCAGCUUAGGAUGGAUUAUACCAGUAAUGGAUCAAUGUACGCAUGCAGACUACCCACGACAGAAGCAGCAACUAGGACAGAACAACCACAGCGCAAAAGCCGUAAACGCAAAAACACAUCGGAUUUGGACAAACAUGGCGACUCACAGCAUUUGCAGCCAUCCUCCAAAGUGCGUCGAAAUGAUCGUCCGCGGGCAUCCACAUCGACGGCAGCAGUCGCUUCAACGUCCAGCAGCACUGCUGCCACCACCAAUCUACCACACAGCUACGCGUCAACCACUACUACCGCCGCUGCAGCAGCGACGGCGGCGGCCCCCGGUCUCUCGAUGCCGUCUAUUUCGAGUUCGUCCUCGCUGGGCAGCAACAGCAAAACCACCGCCUUCAGCAGCGAUUACACCUCCGACACGCAGGGCUCGUCCGAGUUCCCGAUCGCGAGCGAUUUCGAAAGCUACCCGCUCGACAGCCCGGCCACCUUUGGCUCGAACGUGCUGAGCCCGCCGUGCGAUCUGCUGCGCGAGGAAGCGGUCGGACUGUCGGAAUGGUUGGCGAAGGGCGACACGACACCGCUCGACGGUGCGGAGCAUCUGUACGAGGUGUGCUUUCACAAGGCAGCAAAACCAGCGGCGGCGGCGGCCGCAACCAGUGGUUUCGGUGUCGUGCCUGCGUCCUGCUAUCUGACGCCCUCCCACAAGCAGCGUGUUUGUCCGCUGCCAAGCCUCUCCUGGACGGACACGCACGAGAUGUGGGAUCUGAUGUGCCGAAAGGACGAUUUGGCAUGGCUAGCCCGUGAGCCGAACAUGUUCGACGAUCAUCCAGGUCUACAACCUCGGAUGCGUUCGAUCCUGAUCGACUGGCUGAAUGAGGUGUGCGAGGUGUAUAAGCUGCACCGGGAAACGUACUUCCUUGCGGUGGACUACAUCGAUCGGUAUCUGAGCCUGAAGAAGGAGCUAAAAAAGAACCACCUUCAGCUGCUCGGUAUCACGGCACUGUUUAUCGCAGCAAAGGCGGAAGAAAUCUAUCCACCAAAAAUAGGCGAAUUCGCGUACGUAACGGACGGUGCGUGCACCGACGAGGACAUACUGCGCGAGGAGCUGCUCAUACUGAGUGCGCUCGACUGGAAGAUUAACCCGGUCACGGUGAUCGGAUGGUUGGGGCUGUACAUGCAGAUCAACGUUACCAGCCGGGAUGUGGACGUGCCGGUGCGAAACCUGAAGCGAAAGUCCAACAGUACGGCACACGACACCGCCAGCACACCGUCGCCCAAAAAGCGCAAAAUUACGGAUGAAAAUGCUGACGUCAAUAACAUACAGCAAGCGGCGGUGACAGUUGGACUGCAGCAGCAGCCCCUGCAGCAGCAGCAGCAGAAACUGUCAAGCAGUAGUACCAGCACGGCCAACAAGACUGAUGAUGCGUUCGUGUAUCCCCAAUUUUCCGGCAUGGAGUUUGCCCACACUGCUCAGCUGAUUGACCUUUGCUCGCUGGACGUUGGGUUUGCCAAUUUCAAGUACUCUGUGAUUGCAGCCGCUGCCCUCAGUCAUACGUUCGAUCGUAAAACGGCCACCUUUGUCUCGGGACUGCCGUGGGAAGAGAUUGCACCGUGCGCCAAAUGGAUGGAACCGUUCUUCUUGGUGAUCUGCGACGAGAAUGCGUCCUGCCCGCUCACAUUCCUCGAGUCGAACGAUCCGAUCAAGCACAGCCACGGGUUGAAGCACAUCUGCCCGAACCUAGUCUCCGACAGCUCCCACAUCAUCCAAACGCACACAACCUCGCUGGAUAUGUUGGAUUUGGUUAGCAUCAAGAUCGAGCAGAUGGAAUCGUGCACCCGCAUGGGACAGUUGGAAGCAUCGCCGGCCCCGAUCGGCAUCAUCGAGUCGGAGGACGGCAUCCUUACGCCGCCGGCUUCGAACCGCAAAUCGCUGGAAACGCUCGGCGGCGUCAGUGGUACGGCCGUAUCGAAGGUGGCAUCGGAGGCGAUCGCCAGCAUCAUUGCCGACGCGUCCUCCGGCACCUGGAGCCACAGUUAGGAGGAAUGUAAAUGUAAUUUAUCUAAUUCCUUACCAUUUUCCAUCCCCCCCCCCCCGUCUCUGCGCCACGUCUGCAUAUGCAGCACCACAGUGAAUGAUAAAUUAUUACUUUUAUUAUUCUUAAUUUACUGCUACAACAUCCCAUUUACGCGCAAGUUACCGACCGCGUCAGGAACUUACAAAAAAAACGUUAUAACGCUCUCGUGCCCUUUUUUAAAUGUAAAACAGUGGGGAAAAAGCAUAGUGUGAGCCUCCCGUAAGUGAAUGAAACGCGAUGCACAAUUAUUAUUAUUAUUAUUAUUAUUAGGAUGCUUUUCGUUCGAGAAGAUGAUGAGGGAAUGAAAAUAGUCGAUCGCCUAGCGAUGGUAUUGCCCCCAGGUUAACACAUUCGCUUCGCGUUACAAUUCCCACUAAUACUUUAACCAGCACAAACUGCUUCUAACAAGAUACCUUCCCCGCUUUGAGAGAUGCAUCCUUUCUCCAACUAAUCGACUAGCAGUCCAAAUGCUGUCCCACUGACACUCUAACCCACUUUGCAGCUUGUUUACUAAUAAACUAAGGAUGUCCCCACGCUCCCAUCUCUCUUCCCAUUCGCUCGUGCGUUUUGCAAACAAUUUUCAUUCUUUAUUUUCACUUUCUCUACACUUUCGCGGGUUAGGGCUGUUAAUGUUUAGCAUCGCCUUUCAUUCCACGGGAAUCACAGCGCGAUAGUUUCAAGGCCAUUUUAUCAGAAUUUAUCAUUCACCACGCCUUUAAAAUGGUGGUAAUGAGAGUUGUUCGUUUUAUUCGUGUUCGGAUAAAUGGGAGUCAGCCCUUUAUUGUUUUUGGUUUGAACAUUACGUGAAGAAAUAGAACAUUUAUUUAAGAAAAAAAAAGAAACAGCAGACAUGUGAUACAUACCCUCUCCAUAUAUUGGUAACUUAUUCAACCAUCAAUCAACAAUAUGACAUCAGUACAAAUUCGGCGCAACACAGCAGCAGGACGCGCCUCAUCCCCAACCGGUGGUGUGUGCUUGUAAUUAAGGAAGAAAUGUGGAAUGUGUAAAUAGUGUUAUUUAAAAAAAAACAAAAAAAAACAAAAA